AUGGCGCCAGAUCUUAACGCAAUAGGAAGCGGCCAGCGGUGGGAUUAUUCUACUCCAGGAUCUGGCGGUUACGAUAUCCCGGACAUAGUCUAUGAUGACCCCUCAUCUAGGAAGCUCAAGAUCUUGACCAUCGGAGCUGGCUUGUCGGGUAUCCAGAUGGCAUACCAGAUCCAGAAGAACACGCAGAAUGUUAAGCACGUAAUCUACGAGAAAAAUGCCAACUUAGGUGGCACAUGGCUGGAAAACAGAUAUCCAGGAUGUGCUUGCGAUAUUCCGUCACAUGCCUACACACUCAACUUCGCUCUGAACCCUGACUGGCCUCGUUUCUUCUCGUACGCUCCAGACAUACAAAAGUACCUCGAAAAGGUCUGCGAUGUUUUCGACUUGCGCAAGUACAUGACAUUCAACACCGAAGCUACCAGAGCCGAGUGGAAAGACGACGUGGGUAAAUGGAAGGUCACCCUCCGUCAGACGACGUCAUCCGGCGAAGAAAGAGAGUUUCAAGAGGAAUGCGACCUUCUGCUCUACGCUUCUGGUAUAUUGAACAACUAUAAAUGGCCAGGGAUCAAAGGCAUCAACAGUUUCAAGGGUCGCAUUGUCCACACGGCGACCUAG